AUGAACGCAAAUCUUCUCACUAGAGCAGCACGGCCUUAUUGCUUCCGAAUUGGUAACAGUUCAUUCGUUAUCGCGAUGGUAACGACAAUCGUGAUGAAUAGCAAUUCGGGGCAGGUGAGAUUUAACUUUGAUGUGUCUUGUUUGGAGGAGGGUGCUGAGAUCGAUUUGCAUCGAUUUUAUAUGGAAAAAUUUAAGUGCAUAUUUACAUUUUUAUUAGAUAAUACGAUUGUAUAUCAGAAAAAGAAAUCAGUCAAAAACACCACAAAACAACCGUUAAUGGCAGCCACCGGGAUGUUGUUAAUAGCAUCGCUAGUAUUCAAUAUACUGCCAGUGUGUGAAACAGUGGGAAAACUAGUUGCAGAGGCUCCGAAAGUAGACGAGGGCGCGGUAGCAUUGUAUUUCUUUGGAUCGGAAGCUGAGCAAUUUCUCGCACAACCAUUUGUACAAUCAUUAUUUCCGGCCGGACAACUAUUUCUACAAGCCGUUUCUUGCCCGGUGCAUAUAAAGUAG